AAACGAGGCGUACCAGUAGGUGGCGCUAUCACCACCACUACCUAAAGACUAAUAGAUCUGUUCAGGUCGGGACUCCGAUGAAGCGUGAGAAUUCUGGGCCCUAAAAACCCCGGACUAACACAGUCGGUGCUCGGGCCUUUAACCAUAUGACGUCUCCCACCCACAGUUUACGUCAGGCCACCAACCUCCCAUCAUCCCUCCAUCCGGCCGCCGCGCGCUUCCAGGUGUGGACACCGUGGAGACAACGCGGAAGUGCUCAGUCAGCAGCAGCAGCAGCAGCGUAGGAAGCCGCUGGCGUCCACUGAGCUCCGUCUGACAACAUGUCCAACAACGACGAGAUACGAUACUGCCACAGGUUCUCCUACAUCGUCCUCAAAUUCACCCUGUUCGCGUAUUCCAUCGUCUGGUGGUUAAUAGGUGGAUUUCUCCUUGCCAUUGGUAUCUAUGCUGAGGUGGAGAGACAACGCUUCAAGACGCUGGAGGGGAUGUUUUUGGCCCCCGCUGUAAUCCUGAUCGUCCUGGGAAUUGUCAUGUUUAUAGUCUCGUUGAUUGGAGUCUUGGCCUCACUGAGAGAUAAUCUAACUCUACUGAAAGUGUUCAUGUACACUCUGUCAGUUUGUCUGAUCCUGGAGCUGCUCGGAGGAAUCUUGGCGCUGGUGUUCCGCAACCAGACGGUGGACUUACUGAACAAGAACAUCCGGAAGGGCAUAGUCAACUACUAUGAUGACCUGGACUUCAAAAAUAUCAUGGACUUUGUUCAGAAGAAGUUUAAGUGUUGUGGAGCUCAGGAGUACAACGACUGGGAGGUCAACAUGUACCACAACUGUUCUGCACCUGGUCCAAUGGCCUGCGGUGUCCCGUAUACCUGCUGCAUUACUACUAAGCCUAAUGAAGUGGCCAACACUAUGUGUGGCUGCAAUGUGCUCAAACAAGAGCGUUUGGACUUGAUUGAAGUCAUUCACAUCAGAGGCUGCACUGAUGCUUUCUUCAUCUGGCUGUUAGACAACUAUAAGAUCAUGGCUGGAGUGCUGUUAGGGAUCCUACUGCCGCAGUUCUUUGGUGUGAUAAUCAGCUGGCUGUACAUCACGCGUGUUGAAGAUUCCAUCAGUGAGUACGGUCACUCCGUGGACGGGCUACUGGGCCCACAGGGGAGAACAGCCAAGAGUCAUGGCCGUGUGUCCAAAUGGUUUAAGUGUAUGCCCGACUUCGACUGAUGGAGCUGAGCAGAGGGCAGCUAAUGGACUCCAGUCAACGCUCACAGCUGGUUAAAGCACUGGAGUCGACGCAGAGACUGUUGCAACCACUGGCAGGAGUCUGCCCUCGAACUGCCGGCUCAAUACAAGUGCACGUCAGCAUGUGGAAUGUUUUUUUUUUUUAUUGGGAAGAAGGAAUUGUUUUGCAUCCUCAUUGUUUGGAAUUUAAUAUUCAUGUUUUGUUUUUUUCCAGUUUUACUGUAAAUUGAGUGUAUAUAUCCAAGAAAGUGAAUCGUUUUGAAUGACUUUGUUAAGUGUACUGAUGCCUGAGUGGGAAAUAAGAGCUCAUUAAGUGAUGAGCUGCACUGUGCCACAGACAAUCUCAGGGAUAAACACAGAAACCAACAUAACCACUUUUGCUCUUAGUGUUAUUAUAUAUCCUGAAAUGUAUCUGUUCAGUUACACAAACACAGUCUACAGCACUAACUGUGUUCACUAAUGGUUUUCUACCACCAGUUAAACUCUUUGUGACUGCUUUAUACAAACUCUGCUCCGUUAAUGCUAACACCACUGUUUACACUGCAACACUGUAGCGCUAAAUACACAUUGUCUGUCAUCUGAAAGCAGGACUCCUUUCCUUGGUUGUAUGUUUGAACACACCCUGAGGUUUGAAAUGGAACUCUGCAUCAUACCCUGCCUGCAUAUUCCUCUAUGACCAUAAGUGCUCACUGAACCUUCAAGAUGUGUUAACAAUGGCUCCCUGCUGAAUGUUGAGAAAGAGCUCAACAUUAUCCAUUGUGAGUUGAUUUUAAAGAGAUAGAUGCUAAUGUAGUGCCUUUGCCAUAACAAGACAGAAGCUCAGGGUUUAGUUAAGUUUCCCCAGAUGCUACAUUUGCUGUGUGUGCUGAUUUUCAACGCUAAUAGAGUGCACACUUUGAGUGUCAACGUGAGGGGAGGAGUUUAGGGAAUAAGUCUACAUUGGUCAGACAGGACAUGCUUUAAAAUGCAAAACCUUGUGACUCGUGACAUUCGACUUGAACCUCACAGUAUGACACGUUCAAACUGGCUUUGUUCCCUGAAACCUGACCAAUCAGAGGACUCGAACAACCGUAUAUAUGCUGUCUGAGUGCUACAGUACCAGACCCCCUCAUCACUACUUGUUCCUGCAAAAGUUUCUUCAUUUGAAAACAUGUUGCACUGAAAAUAAUCCAGGCAGUUAUGACAUUGGUCUCCAAAACAGAAUGAGAUGAGUAAUUCCCAGGACAAAUCAUUAUCCUUAUUAUGCUUUUAACCCAUAUGAAACAUGUGCCUUAGAACAUGUUACAACUUCCUGUAAACUCCAGAGUGGUUUUAAGAUUUCCAGACACAUAUUUGUCAUGACUUAAUGUGAAAUGAAUGUGCUUCUGAACUUAGGUUUGUUGUGAAGUUGCAAACUGAGACCAAAGAGCUCAUCCAUCUUGAAGUGAAUUUUAAUUUCACAUCUCCCCGCCUUUUCCUCCUUUUGUGGCUGCACACAACUGCACCACCACCUCUUAAUGAUAUGUCUAAUACUUCACUUACAUCACUGCUCAAACACAAUUACAAGCAUUUCAAGUUUAAAUGAUUGCCUUAUUUUAUUUUUUUUAUUUUUUUACAUUUUUUACAGGACAUUAGGUGAAAUAGGACUUACAGAGGUUUACAUAGGAGCCCACUUUGCUUUGUAGGGUUGAAGGAGCGUUAUCACUUUAUUCUUAUUGGCAUAUUUAGCAUUUUAAGACCAAAUCUAAUAAUCCAGGUUAAUUGAACUGGUUAAUAAAGUUCAUACUCGACUGGCUGCACGAAAAGAGUAAAUUUCCAUGAAAGGGAAUGAACUAUAUUAACUAAAUUAACUUUUACUACCUGCUUCUCACAGUAAAGCUGAGUUCACACACUCCCAAUAAACAGUGACAAAGAUUCAACACACACCAACACACUGUACUGAUUUCACUGUAGUGAGACGAAAAUGUGUUUUAUGCUUUGUGACAUAAUUAAUUUGGAAUUAAAAACGACUUUAUAAAACAAACACAGUGCCUCAUUAAUGCAAAUGUGAUGAUGAGUUAAAUGGAGCAUUUUUACUAUUUAACGAGGCGUCAGACACAUUAAGCAGCCUCGCUCUUUUUCAACCUUUUCUGAAUCUUAUGCAAACUGUAAUACCGAUGACAAAAGAAAUUCCAUAUUUGAUACAUUUAGUGUGCAGCAUGAAAGACGUACCAAAUAUUACAUUACAUAAAGAAUGUUUAAAAAUGAGACUUGAGUAAUGAUUUUGAUGUAGUAACUACAGUCUAUUUUCACAGGGUCUAAACAUUAAUGUGCCAGUGUUUUCUUUUUAAAAGAAUAGAUGUAGAACAUUGUUGUAAUUGCGAACUUUCAAAUUCACGGAGAAGAAAAAGUUUGUUGUCAGAGUUGCACAAAACCACAUUUAUCGAAAGAAGUAUGUUGUCUAUACAUUUUGCCUUUUGUGGGGGAUGGAAAAUAAAGAUGUAAUUCUGUUGUA